GUCUCUCCUAAGCAUUGCCGAGCGGUCAUGGGACAAUCUAUUUUCAAAUACCGCAAUUAGUGCAGAUCGCCCAUGAACUAAUUGAUACCGCAGAACUAGUUUCAGCAUGAAUAGUAAAUCCUAUAUGUGCACAACAGAAAAACGUCAUUCACCAUUCGAGAUCACCCUCAACUGAGAAUCUAAACAUGAGAACUAAAUAUAUCUUUCAUCUGAUAGGACGAAGUAACCCCUAUAUUGAUCGCUUUUUCUUAGCGUACAACUUCACGAACGCAUAUAAAUAUUUCCCCAAUUUUUCUUCAUGUUCUUCUCAUCAUACCCAAUCACUCGUUUACAAACAUCCGCACACAAAUCUAUCGUUCAAUUUACAUAAUAUAUAUACGCGCAAUCGCAUUCUACACAAACGAUCAAAUUCAACUUGUCAACUACCAACUUAUAAUUAUGAAUUACAACAGCACCAUGAAUUCCAACGGUACCGAUAACUAUUACGUUGGAAUCACCUCCAAAAACAGCACUUGCACCAAAGCUAUCACCUUGAGAUCAUGUAUUCCAGUACAUGAUACAAAAUCCAUAAGUAACGAGCAAAGGCCCGCCUACAUUGCAGGUGUCUCUAUCGCCUUCUUUUUCAUCAUCAUCUUUGCUAUCGCCAUACAAAAUGUACGCGCUCGCAUUAUCUCGAACAAAAGGUCCAUGGAUGAACAGAGAAGAGUUGAAGAAGGAAGAAUGACCAAGGCUGUUCAAAAAGUCACUGGUGGUGAAAAGGCAGAUCCAGUUUCAACGGAACCUGCCAAGCCAUGAUGAAACGUAGUUCACAUCAGGCAACGAGGAGGUAAAGGGAUUAAGGAUGGUAAAAGUUUGGGCUGUAAUUUUCUCAGGCGCGGUUACGUUGAACGAUUAAGGAAGAUUUGGAUGAUUAUUAAUGACGGUCUAUAUUGUAUGAUGAAAUGUUAAAUAAUUAAAUAUGGUUCUCAUGAACUAUUCUCA